CGCAUUUAUUGACAUUACUUACUUUAGAUUCUGAUCGUAAUCACAUCAGAGCGUGAAUUGACUCGUUCUCGUCGUAAAUCAAUAAGUGUGUUCAUUUCAGUUAAACUUAACGCAUUUACCCUCAACGGAUUUAAUAUGAAGUUUUUCAUCGUUUUCUUUAUCUUCUUUUUUGCUGCAUAUGCAGAAGAAGCUCAAAAACCUGUUGACGCUAUCAAAGCCGAGCCCCUCAAGGCAGAAACAAACAAGCCGAAACGUAACAUUAUUUCACUCGGCUAUGGACACCAUGCACCUCUAGUCUCGCAUGCGUCCUAUGUUGCCUCUGCACCAAUUGUCCAUCAUGCAGCACCAAUUGUACACCAUGCAGCACCAAUAGUUCACCAUGCAUCGUACGUUUCUGCACCAAUUGUACAUCAUGCAGCACCGAUCGUGUCUCAUGCGCCAAUCGUUCACGCAGCAUCUUCGUACAGCAUAAGUCACCAAGUACAUCAUCCAGUUGUUGCUCAUGCGCCACUGAUCAGCCAUGCACCGCUUCUCAGUCACGCACCAUUGCUCAGCUAUCACCAUUAUCGUCGCUAAAUGUUGCGCUGGUAAUAUAACACCGGAAAUGUAGAUGAAAGUUUAUACGCAAAUGCACAAAUAAAAUGUGCACUGUACGUCUUAGUCAAAUAGGCUAUUCUUACUCAAUGAAAAACCAAUAUAUUUUAUAAAUUAAAUGUUAAACUUACCAUAACGCAUAGCACUAAUGUUGUACCAGCAAAAAUGAUCAAAAAUAAACAAUUAUGAUUAGAGUUUUACCGAGAAGACAG